AUGCAGGAACAAGGCGUUCGCCAUGAUGAUCCUGAAUACCUCAAGGCCCACAAUCUUCUAUCAGCCUUCCAGCGGCAACAAGCCUACCACAAACAGAGGCAAAUGCAACAGCAGCAGUUGCAGGUGCAGCAACGUCAGCAGCAGCUCAAUGGCUCGAAUACCGAGGCUGUCGCUGCGAAUGGCAUGAAUGGUCGCAACAAUUCCAUUCCCAACGCGACGAAUACCAAUACACCAGAUGCUAGCGCGACAGGUGGUCAACAGCCUGCAACCCAGGGCGCACCUCAGAAGGGCGCGGCUGGAACUGGAAACAGUUUCUCUGCUGAGCAGCUUGCAACGCUUAGGAACCAAAUCCUAGCUUUCAAGAUGCUAUCGAAGAACCUUCCGAUCCCGGCUCGCGUUCAGCAGCAACUUUUCCCUUCGAAGAAGCAGGAGACUCCUGCUCCGUCCGAGAAUGUCGCCGCAGCGGAAGGCGUCUUGGAAGCUACUGCUCAGAGCAAGCCUGACCAGCCUGCAACUGCAACAGAGGCUCCUCAGCACAAAGAUUUCUAUCAGAACUUCCAGUCGCCUUACGAUCUGAUACCCAAGACUGUCAGCUUUACCGACCACGCCUCCCGCGCCAACCGCAUGCGAAUUCCCGCCUUGAUGCCACCUGGAAUUGACCUCGAGCAAGUGCGUGAGGAACGCGAAAUAGCCCUUUACAACAGAAUCAACGCACGAAAGGCGGAAUUGGCCGAGCUUCCUACCAAUAUCGGUGCGUGGGAUUCUAGCCAGAGCGAUACCGCCACUGGAGACGAUUCUGUGAAACUCAAGGCCCUUAUUGAAUAUAAGAUGCUCAAUCUUUUACCGAAACAACGCCUUUUCCGGAAGCAGAUCCAAAAUGAGAUGUUCCAUUUUGACAAUCUGGGCAUGACUGCGAACCGUUCGAGUCAUCGUCGUAUGAAGAAGCAAUCACUACGGGAGGCUCGGAUUACCGAGAAGUUGGAGAAACAGCAGCGCGAUGCUCGCGAAACGAGAGAAAAGCGCAAGCAGUAUGACCAUCUCCAGGCUAUCCUUACUCAUGGUGCCGAGUUGCAGACCGCUGCUGCACAACAGCGCACUCGUAUGCAGAAACUGGGCCGUGCUAUGCUUCAGCACCACCAGCACAUGGAACGUGAAGAACAGAGACGUGUGGAGCGUACCGCCAAGCAACGUCUCCAGGCUUUGAAGGCCAACGACGAGGAAACGUAUCUCAAGCUGCUCGGACAGGCCAAGGAUUCUCGUAUCUCUCACCUUCUUAAGCAGACCGACAACUUCCUCAAGCAGCUUGCUGCCUCGGUUCGGGAGCAACAGCGAAGUCUGGCCGAGCGCUAUGGCGAAGAAGACCAGUUCUUUGAAGAAGACGAAGAAGAGGAGAUUGCCUCCGGAAGUGAAGAUGAAGGCGACGGAAAGAAGAAGAUCGAUUACUAUGCCGUUGCACAUCGCAUCAAGGAGGAGGUGACUGUUCAACCUAGUAUUCUGGUCGGUGGUACGCUUAAGGAGUACCAGAUGAAGGGUCUGCAGUGGAUGAUUUCCCUGUACAACAACAACCUCAACGGUAUUUUAGCUGAUGAGAUGGGUCUCGGAAAGACCAUUCAGACCAUCAGUCUAAUCACUUACAUCAUCGAGAGGAAGAAGAAUAAUGGCCCCUUCCUCGUCAUCGUCCCUCUCAGUACCCUUACCAAUUGGAAUCUUGAAUUCGAGAAGUGGGCGCCGUCCGUUUCUCGUGUUGUCUACAAGGGACCUCCGAAUGCCCGUAAGCAACAGCAACAACAGAUCCGUUGGGGCAACUUCCAGGUUCUGUUGACGACCUACGAGUACAUCAUCAAGGAUCGUCCGAUUCUGAGCAAGAUCAAGUGGACUCACAUGAUUGUUGACGAAGGUCAUCGUAUGAAGAACACUCAGUCCAAGCUGAGCAGCACACUUUCACAGUACUACACCAGCCGUUACCGUCUCAUUUUGACCGGUACACCCUUGCAAAACAACCUUCCUGAGUUGUGGGCACUGCUGAACUUCGUUUUGCCCAAUAUCUUCAAGUCUGUCAAGUCGUUUGAUGAGUGGUUCAACACGCCUUUUGCCAACACAGGUGGACAAGAUCGUAUGGAACUGAGCGAAGAAGAACAACUGCUGGUGAUUCGUCGUCUUCACAAGGUUCUGCGGCCCUUCCUGCUGAGACGUCUGAAGAAGGAUGUCGAGAAAGAUCUUCCCGACAAGCAAGAGAGGGUCAUCAAGUGCCGUUUCUCUGCAUUGCAAGCCAAGCUGUACAGGCAGCUUGUUACACAUAACAAGAUGGCCGUCAGCGAUGGCAAGGGAGGUAAGACCGGUAUGCGUGGUCUCAGCAACAUGCUGAUGCAGUUGCGAAAACUCUGCAACCAUCCCUUCGUUUUUGAGCCAGUGGAAGACCAGAUGAACCCUGGACGAGGAACCAAUGAUCUGAUCUGGCGUACUGCUGGUAAAUUCGAGCUUUUGGAUCGAAUUUUGCCCAAGUUCCGGGCUACUGGCCAUCGCGUCCUGAUGUUCUUCCAGAUGACCCAGAUCAUGAACAUUAUGGAAGACUUCUUGCGUCUUCGUGGAUUGAAGUAUCUCCGUCUUGACGGAUCCACCAAGUCAGACGAUCGAUCCGAUCUGUUGAAAUUGUUCAACGCCCCGGACUCGGAAUACUUCUGCUUCCUGCUAUCCACACGUGCGGGAGGGUUGGGUCUCAAUCUUCAGUCCGCCGAUACCGUCAUCAUUUUCGAUUCUGAUUGGAACCCUCACCAGGAUUUGCAAGCCCAGGAUCGUGCGCAUCGUAUCGGCCAAAAGAAUGAGGUUCGUAUCUUGCGUCUGAUCAGUUCCAACUCAGUUGAGGAGAAGAUUUUGGAACGUGCUCAGUUCAAGCUUGAUAUGGAUGGCAAGGUCAUCCAAGCAGGAAAGUUUGACAACAAGUCUACCAACGAGGAGCGUGACGCUUUACUGCGGACGCUUUUGGAGACUGCCGAGGCUGCUGAUCAGAUUGGUGAUCAGGAAGAAAUGGAUGAUGAUGAUUUGAACGAAAUUAUGGCGCGGUCUGACGAGGAGUUGAAUACUUUCCAGCGUAUCGAUAAAGAACGACAGAAGACCGUCCCGUACGGCUCUGGCCACAAGUACCCUCGUUUGAUGUGCGAGGAAGAGUUGCCCGAUAUCUAUCUUAUGGAGGAUAACCCGGUAACUGAAGAGGUCGAUGUCGAGUUAGCUGGUCGUGGUGCACGUGAACGCAAGAUUACCCGGUAUGAUGAUGGUCUUACUGAGGAACAAUGGCUUAUGGCUGUGGAUGCGGAUGAUGACACGAUCGAGGAUGCUAUCGCUCGGAAGGAGGCGAGGGUCGAGCGUCGUCGGGUUAACAAGGAGAAGCGUCAAAAGAAGACAGUGGGUGAUUCUUCACCGGAACCUUCCCGCGAGAACUCCGAGACACCUCAGCCGAAGAAGCGUCGCAGAGGUCCCGCUCCGAAGCGCAAGGCUGAGGAGGUAGUGGAGGAAACGCCUCAGCCAAAGCGGAAGAGGGGAAGACAAGCCAAGCCUGUUGAGACGCUGUCGCCUGAGGAUCGUGCCACCCUGCAGCGCAUUGUCAACGCCGUAUACCAAGCGUUAAUGGAUAUGGAGGCGGAGCUGCCGGCCGAUUCGUCAGACAGUGAGGAUGGCCCUGUUACGCGGUCCAUCAUUGAGCCAUUCAUGAAGCCACCGCCCAAGUCGCACUAUCCCGACUAUUACAUGGUCAUUCAGAACCCGAUCGCCAUGGAUAUGAUCAAGAAGAAGAUCAACCGUGAGGAAUAUCAAAGCCUGAAGGACUUCCGAAAUGACAUCCAUCUCCUCUGCCAAAAUGCCCGGACUUACAACGAGGAUGGCAGCAUCCUGUUCCAGGAUGCCAAUGACAUCGAGGCAAAAUGUUUGGCGGAGCUCCAGAAGGAGACCGAAGGCUACCCACAGUUUGCCAACUACGAUGACCUGGGUGGACAAGGCGGAAAUGACCAGUCGACUGCUGCAGCAUCGGGGGCCGAUACACCUUCAGCGGUUGCCACGCCAAAGCUGAAGCUCACGUUCAAUAGCGGCAACCGAGAUAAUGCUGCGGCUGCAGGAGCCGGCAAUGGCGUCAACGAGACUGAUUGA